GCCUUUCGAGUUCAAAAGUUGGUCCGGGAAAAAUAACUGUUAACAAGCUGAACAAGCUACUGGCCGACGUUUCCUCGCUCUCUCCACACUCCUGCAUCUCGUGCUAGUCGUGCUUCAAGCCGAAAGACGGACAGCCCUUCUUCUCGAAAACCGAUAAGGUUGGUUGGUUGGUUCAGGUAUGUCUCAAGAUGAGAAGGAAACCGGGUCCCAACUGUCACAAGGGUCCUCGUCUGGCGAUAGUCAAAACGAAUUUCUGACUCCUAAACAAUUUCGCCAUAAGAAGGUAAACUUUCUAAGAAAUACGGAUAUGACUAAAAGUCCAUCGUUCAUGGUCCCGGCGUCCCCGACAAUGAAACGCUUAGGAUAUGGAACUGGUGUUGGUGUGUACUUGAUGGAACGAUCCCCCAGGGCUUCCGGCGAAGUGCGAUCCCCUUGGGCUAUUAAAAAGAUAUCAAAACUUCGUAAGGAUACAAAAUUGUUCGAAAGAAGGCUAGAGUUUGAAGCCGAGAUACUCAGGAAUCUAACGCAUCCAAAUAUCAUUGGGUAUCGAGCAUUUGGCAAUCCCACCACUGACGUGACCUUCCUUGCAAUGGAGAAGGCAUCAAAAUCUUUAUUUGAUUUGAUUGAAGAUCGCGUUGAAGAACUGACACCUGACGGUGUUAGUCCAUUUCCAGCCUUGAAGAUAUUCAGAGUUGCAGUCGACGUUGCUCAAGCAUUACAUUAUUUACAUGAAGAAAAAAAACUCAUUCAUGGAGAUUUGAAAAGUGGAAAUGUUCUCGUGUUUGGGGAUUUCGAUGCUGUUAAAUUAUGCGACUUCGGAGUUGCUCGAAAAAUCAAAGAUGAUGGUUUGGUAGACGGGUUAUAUGUGGGAACCGAAAUCUGGAAUCCAAUGGAAGUCGUUUUAGCAAAUAGAGGACAAAAAAAGUAUCCCGUCACCGCCAAAGUGGACAUUUACCCGUAUGCUCUUACGCUGCAUGAAAUGAUCAGUUUGAAAAUUCCACAUUUCAAUACUGCAGAGGAAGAUUAUGGGGAAAGCAUGGGCGACAAUGACAAUUCGCAAUCAGAAAGUUCAUACGAUGAGCAUGCUUUCGAUGAAGCGCUUGGUCGACAACUGGGAAAGCGUCCCACACUACCAGAUUUUGCUUUUGACGAGUCCUACAAUACCAUCCUUGGCGUUUUUUAUGUGUGCAGCAACGAAAAUCCUCAAGAUCGACCAACAGCGGAGGAGAUUUUGUCCAUGUUGAGUGAAAACGAGACGAAUAUUGGCAAGGACUGACUUGAGAUUUUUGAUAUUACUUUACGUGACUGAUUUUUAUAAAUGCAUCUACUGUCUAGCUGUAAAACUUAUAUUAAUAUUUUUUAAAAGGUUAAUAACUUAUUCAUCGUCUCGUUAUGAAUGAAUCCUAUCGGUUAAUAAAAUUGAGCUGAUCACAAUUCACAA